AGAUCCAGUCCCGACUGCGCGGUCGCAAUAUGCCUCAACUUGUCCCCUCCCCCGCCGACUGCCUGGCUUGAGAUGAGUGGAAGAUGUCGGUUUCGGGUCUGAAGGCCGAAUUGAAGUUUUUGGAGUCAAUUUUUGACCCAAACCACGAACGUUUCAGAAUUAUCGAUUGGAAGCCUGAUGAGCUUAGUUGUCAGUUUAAUGUAACCGGUGAAAAACUCCUGAUUAUACAUUGCAACAUCACGGAGUCAUACCCAUCUAUACCUCCAAUCUGGUUUGUUGACUCUGAUGACCCAAGUCUGACGGAGGUGUUGGAGCGCCUGGAAGAUGUCAGAAAGGGCACCUCUCUGCUCCUACAGCAGCUAAAGCGUCUCAUCUGUGACCUGUGUCGGCUSUACAACCUGCCACAGCACCCAGAUGUUGAGAUGCUAGAUCAGCCACUCCCUGCUGGGCCCAUUAACCCAGAGCGCAAGCAUGGACCAGCGGAUGAAGUGACAUCCGAGGAGGAGGAUGAAGAAGAAAUGGGCGAGGACAUUGAAGACCUGGACCACUAUGAGAUGAAGGAAGAGGAGCCAGUGGACGGGAAGAAGUCAGAGGACGACGGAAUAGAGAAGGAGAAUCUGGCCAUCCUUGAGAAGAUCCGUAAGAACCAGAGGCAGGACCACUUGAACGGUGCCGUCUCUGGUUCCGUUCAGGCCUCCGAUCGUCUCAUGAAGGAACUCAGGGAGAUCUACAGAUCACAGAGUUACAAGACAGGUAUUUAUUCAGUGGAGCUAGUCAAUGACAGCCUUUAUGAAUGGCACGUCAAAAUAAGAACGGUAGACCCAGAUAGUCCACUACAUAGUGACUUGCAAGUUAUGAAGGAGAAGGAAGGGCAGUUUUGA